AGGCGCGGUUUGAUAUUCAUUGGGAAGACGAACAAGAGACCUUUCUUCUACGUAUAAUCAAAUCAAGCAACACUAAGGCUUCCACCAGUAAUCCGCUCGAAGAAAUUUAUUGUCUUAACCAUUGCCCCCUUUCGAUUCUUCACUCCUUCAGUUCUGUAUCAUCGAUUCGCGCUCAUUGCCAUUGCGAUUCACUAAGAAUCCCCCCUUCUCUUGCCUUCAAUCCAGUUCUCUGCAUCUUCUUCCAAUUUUUCAGGUUCUUUCUUGCGAGGUCAUGAACUAUGAAGCCUCCGACAGUAGCGGUACUGAUGAUGAUCUUCCACCAUCACAUCGUAACAGAGUUUCUAGAGGAGGCCACAUUUCUGGAAAGGGGAUGUCUGUUUUGAGUUCUUUCCCAUACACUAGAGUACAUAAUGAUAUGGAGGCCCAAAUUCAUCAUCUCGAGCAAGAAGCUUACUGCUCGGUACUGCGUGCAUUUAAAGCCCAAGCAGAUGCCAUUACCUGGGAUAAAGAAAGCUUGAUAACGGAGCUUAGGAAAGAAUUGAGAGUAUCGGAUGAUGAACACAGAGAAUUGCUCGCCAGGGUUAAUUCUGAUGAUAUCAUACGCGAGAUUAGGGAGUGGAGACAGGCAGGUGGUCACCAAAAUGUGAGACGCAGUUCAUCUCAGCCGGUUCAUGAUGUUGUUCCCAGUCCAACUGUUUCAGCAUCCCGUAAGAAGCAAAAAACAAGUCAAUUGAAUACACCAUUGCCUGGUUUUUCGUCUAUGAAACCGAUGCAGUACUCUUCCUCUGUUCCUGCUGGAAGUAGACAGUUAAAUAAUCAUAGUUCUUCUGGUGCCCUUCUGGCAAAUGAAUCUGCCGAAGCUCCACCAUAUGACACAUUAAUUGGAAGGAAAGUGUGGACCAGGUGGCCUGAGGACAACAGCUUCUAUGAGGCUAUCAUAAAAGAUUACGAUCAUGUUAAGGGCCAGCAUGCUUUGGUUUAUGAUAUAAAUACAGCACGAGAGACGUGGGAAUGGGUUGAUAUUAAAGAGAUCCCGCCUGAGGAUAUUCGAUGGGAUGGCGAGGGUCCAGGAAUGACUCAUCGAGGAGGCCACGGAGGGCAAAACCGUGUCUAUAGAAGAUCCCAAAGCUUUGGCGGUCAUGUUCAUGGUGCUGGCAGAGGGAGAGGACACUCAAAGAGCCAAUCCAGAAAGGAACUUUCUCCAUCACAAAAUGGUGUUGGAAAGAAAGUGCUGGAUGAUAUAGAACUACUUGAUACAGAGGCAUUGGUAAAGGAGGUAGAGAAAGUUUUCAAUGCAAGUAAUCCCGAUCCCGUGGAGCUCGAAAAGGCAAAGAAAAUGCUUAAAGAACACGAGCAGGCUCUUGUGGAUGCAAUUUCUAGACUAACUUAUGCAUCUGAUGGUGAAAGUGAAGGAGCGCAGCCAAAUUCUCAUGGCCAAUUACAUGACAGAAACAAUGAUACUUGAGCUACCAAGAACAAGUGCCAGUGCCAGUGCCAUCCUAAGAGCAUUACAAUUGCCAAAUCUGAAGAAAUGAAAUGUCUACCAUUAUUUAUUUGUACCAAAAAUUAUUCUAUGUUAGUGGAUCAAAUUAUUUUGUUUCUUUUUUUUCUUUAUGGUUUUUUUCUUUCUGCCAGGGAGGGGAGGGGCUGCUUUUUUCUUAUGUGUAUCUAAUAUCUGUGGCACUAGAUAGAUUUGUAAGCAACAUUGUGAAAAUUUAGCACUCUCUAUCUUGUAAUUGCAUUCUGGCUCUUUUCCAGCUGCA